AUUCAAACUCAAAAUAUUCUUUUUAUCCAAAGUUUAUGUAAGAAUUAGUUUAGUUGACAAAUCUCAUUGAAAGUUAAAAUUAAAGAAUUAUAAAAAAUAAUAUUUUUUUAAAACAAAUUAAAAAGGAUAGUAUGAUAAACAAAUUGAAACAGAAAGAAUAUCUAUUUACUCCUCCCAAAGUAGAGGUAAAGCUACACGACUCUACUACUGAACUCGUAAGCAGAGUUGUAGCUCCGCUCCUGAUCUCAAGAUUAAACGAGGUUAAAUAUGACUAUAAGAAUUAGUUGAGGAGGGAAAGUGUAGUUUCUUUCAAACUUCAAAGGGUGCAAAUUGCAAUAAGUUGAAUAAUAAUUUUGUCAUAUUAUGAAAAAUAUCAUAUAUUGUCAUAUCCUAUAAUUUAAGAUAAUCCAAAUCCUACAUUCAUGUAUCCCCCAACUAUGAAACUCUACUUAAUUUGCAUACACACACACACAAAAAAAAAUCUCUCUUUGUUGACAUUUUUAUCUCUUCCAAAACUCCAUUAAAAGCCUCCUAAUUUUUUUAUCACACAAAAUUAAAAAACAUUGGCACAAUGGCUAUGUUGUUCUCAAAAUCAAGAAAAUUGAUUAAUUUGAAAACCAAGAUUGGAUUAUUAUUAUCACCAAAUAUGGCAACCCCAUUUGGAAUUCUUGGUUUAAAUAAUCAUCCUCAUUUAGCCUCUUUUCGUUUUGAAUCAACUAAAGCUCAAACACAGUUGAAUCCCAUGCACAACAUUAUUGAUCAUCAUUCCCAGGUCCUCAAUUUCCCUGGAGGUGAGGUCAAAUUCACCUCAAAUUUGAACAUCAUUCCUGAAACAGCGGAGGAGAGAGUACACUGCUACCGGGUUCUUGAUGACGAUGGUUACCCAAUCACUAACGAUUUUGCACAGAUUGAAAAGGAAGUUGCAUUCAAAAUCUAUACUGAUAUGGUGACCCUUCAAACAAUGGAUACUAUCUUUUAUGAAGCACAACGACAAGGACGAAUAUCUUUCUAUGUUACUACACUUGGAGAAGAAGCUAUCAACAUUGCAUCAGCUGCUGCACUUAAGACGGAUGAUUUCAUCUUUCCACAGUAUAGGGAGCCCGGAGUUCUAUUAUGGAG